AUGCCAUCACUUUCGUGUGGGGAGAAUCGCCUAAGGACUUACAAGCCAGGGCUCGAUCGAGUUGAAGCUUGGCCGGUCGAGUUGAGGAACUCGACCGGUUGGUCGAGUAGACGGUCGAGCUGGUCUUCAAGAUGGCUUCUCCCUUCUUCCUUUGCGUAUCCAGUUGAGCUGCGUCCAUGUGCCAAGUCCCUCCAUGCUCCUCACGUCCCAUAUGCUCCAGAAUGCUCCAAAAGACCUAUUUCAAAGGACCAAACAUGCAUAUGCUCUGUGAGGCUCUUGGGUAGGAAGCCUCCUUGGAGUGGUGAGGAGAGAUCUACUCCUAGGAAUGUGGGGGCCAUGGUUGCCUUCUUCUUCUUGGAUGAAGAACCAGAAACCUUCUUCUCCAAACUUCUUGAUCUUGCUCACCAUCUUGUCCAUGGACUUUUGCAUCUUUUCAAUGGCCUUCCCUUGCCAUUUGUUGAACUUUUGAAGAAGUCCAAUCCUCUUGUGGGCAGCCACAACAGAGGGGUUCAUCCUUGGAGCCUCAUACUCCUCAAAAUAGUAACAUCAGGCUCACCCAAAUCCGCAUCUCCUGGCUCGAUCCUCAGCUUGACCUCAGCUGAUCCUCAGCUCGAUCGAGUUCAGGCUCCUCUUCUCGCAACUCAUCCUCAUGCCCAACUAAGUGUACACAGGGGGUCUGAAGUCGAUGUUCUCACCCCUGACUACUGUGGUGAGCUCUGGGUUGGGCAGGAGAAGCUUGGAAGGGCCAGCCAAUGGAUGUGUGAACUUGAAUUGGUACCUCCCAUCCAACUCCUUGUGCUCAAUGAGGAGGUUGGUCUUGCAAAACUUGAUGUCCAUCCAUCCAGCUGGAGUUGA